CUCUGCUGGGCUGCCAGCAGCCUGCUCCCUGCUUCUGCCCGUAGUCCGGCAUGGCAGCGGCAGGUGUCUGAGACAGGGGCAUUAGCCCAGGAGGGAGGGGGCGGGGGGCAAGAGGAUCAGGCCUAGAUAGGUCGAGGGAAAUUUAAGUCAAUAAAUAAAUAACUUUAAAAAAGGCUGGGGGAAAAUCCCUGGAAGGAAAAUUCCCCGGGAAAUUGCUAUUCGAUGGAGUGUGCAGCUGAGCUCGGCUUGUGGGAAGAUCGAGCAGCCUGGAUUGAUUUUAACUGUUUGCUUAAUAACUCGCCAGGUGAAGAAGAGAAACUUAUUUGAGCCCAUGGGCUCAAGUCAUUAGAUCUAUUUGGGGAGGAAAAUAGCUUUAUAUUUGAAUGAGAAGGUAACGGCAUCAGAUACCGGGCAGGAGUUAAAGUCGGGGGGCAAUGGCUCUGAUCAGCUUGUUGGAAUUGGCUGAUCUCUCCAUAGGGACGCCGGAGAUCGGGGUGGUCAAUUUUAAUGCCCUCCACACUUUACUCCAUGCCAUCAUUAAACAACUCAACCUGCAGGAUGUCAAAGCCGAGAUGCAUGAGGAGAAACCCAAGCCCCCGGAACCUGUGCCUCUGCAGGAGAAAGAGAAGGGCAAGCGUGAUGAGUCAGAAGACUUGCCCUAUGCUGACUUAGAGAAGAAGGUCAUUGGGGUAGCGGCUCAGGUGCAUGGCGUGGAGGCCAAGGUGGUUGGGAUGGCGGCUCAAGUGGAUGGAGUGGAGGCUCAGGUGCAUGGGGUGAAGUCUGAGGUCCAUGGAAUAGGGGAACAGGUUCAAGGUCUUGAGAAGCAAAUGGCUGCCCUAGAAAAAUUGCCUUCUGGAACAGACUUGCUGGAGAGGACCAAGAGUGGCUCUCCGAAUGGAUCUGCUGUGGCUGACAUGUGGCAAAUGAUGCAGAUGAAGAAAAAGAUAGAAGCUAAUGAGAAUGGCAUCUCCAAGGCCAUGGCUCUGUUCCAGGAUCUGCUGAAUGAGGUCAAUGGCGUGAAGACGGAUAAUUUCCAUAUGAACGAGGGCCUCGAAAACAUCAAGGAGAAACUUGACUUGAAUUUACAACUAGAUACCCAGGAAAUUGGCAAUCAACUGCAGACUUGCAUCGCUGAUCAGAAGAACUUGGAUAAUGAUGUGAGGAACCUAGAGCGAAGGCUAAACCUCUAUCCUUCCCCCGAAGAAAUGUAUAACAUGGUGCGCUGGGAAGUUCUGGAGGACUGUCUUGUGACAGGCAAAGGCAAGAGCCCACCAACUGAAGCCCCGUCUGUGGAGCCCAGCCUAAGCCAGCCCUCUCCAGCUUCAGUUAUGGACACCCAAGCCAGAAAACCCUCUGCAACCUGGGCAGGGGCUCUAGGGAGCCAGUCUGGCUCUCCCAGCAGCAGACCUGGUACUCCAGGGGUGCAGGCCGGGACCAGGGCAGGCAUGCCAGCGGUCCAGCCAGCAGCCCGGACAGGCACUCCAGGAACCAGGACAGGCACACCAGAAUCCCAAGCAAUCACUCCAGCAGCUCAGCCAGGGGCCCAGCCAGGCUCCCCCAGGACCCAGCCAGGGGCCCAGCCAGGCUCCCCUGGUGCCCAGCCAGGAGUCCAGCCAGGGGCCCAGCCAGGCUUCCCUGGGGCCCAGCCAGGCUCCCCCGGGGCCCAGCCAGGGGCCCAGGCAGGCUUCCCCGGGGCCCAGCCAGGAGCCCAGGNCCAGCCAGGCUUCCCCGGGGCCCAGCCAGGAGCCCAGCCAGGCUUCCUUGGAGCCCAGCCAGGCUUCCCAGGGGCACAGGCAGGCUCCGCCGGGGCCCAGGCAGGUGCUCCAGGAUUCCAGCCGAGCUUCCCUGGCACCUGGCCCAGUUCCCCAGCGACCCAGGUGGGGCUUCCUGGAGUCUGGCCUGGAGCUCCAGGGACCCAGGCAGGCUACCUUGGGACCCCAGCAGACACUUCAGCAUUCCAGCCCACAUCACCUACAGCAGGUCCCCCGGCUCUAGCAGCCCAGCUCGCAAUUCCACCUGGACCUUACUCUGCCGUUACAUCCCCGGCGUCACCUUUACAAGAGAAGGACAAACGCCUACCCUCAUCCACGCCGCGAGAGUCCUCCGGGUCCAGCAGCGCCUCCAGCCGCUACUCGGAUACUGUGGAAGCGCUGCGCCAGAUCGGGCAGCUGACCGACCUCUACACCACCUUGCAGGAGCAGAUAAACCACCUGGAGCAAUUCAAGUGUAGCCACGCCGACCUCGACAAGCUGCGACAAUUCCUCUCGGAUGCAGUCCCUAAGAACCUCUCCAGCAUGCCUGCUGACCUCAUGGAGCAGCUGUCAUCCCUGAAGGCCACGGCAGAAGACAUGAAAGAUGUAAAGGCCAAGGUAAGGAAGCUGCAGAAUGUCCUUGAAGCAGAGGUGGCAACAGAAGCAGAUCAGAAAGUGAAGGGAUCCAGUCAGAUUAACCUGCAGUUAGGUUACCUCAGAUCGACAGUGCACGACAUAGAGAAAGAGCUGCAGGAGCUGAGGGAGCAGCAGGAUCACGGCAAAGCCAAGCUGGAGCAGUCAGUGACUGACACAGCCCUCUACCUGCAGGAACAGUUAGACAAGCUUAGAUCUAUCAUAGAGAACAUGAUGGCCUCCUCCUCCACCUUGCUAUCCAUGAGCAUGCCCACUAGCCCGGAGCCUGGGGAGGCAGCGCCGCAUGGCACAUGCCCGGCCUGCAGCCUGGACGUCAGCGAGCAGGUUAGCCAGCUGUUCAAACGCUACGAACAGCUGCAGGAUUUAAUUAGCAGCUUCAUGACGAGGCACGCGGAAAGCAAGCCAGCAAAGAGGCCGCAGCUGAGGAGCCAGGACGAAGAGCUGCUGAGUCGCAUCCAAAACACCAUCCUCCAGGUGCAAGGAGACUGUGAGAAUCUCAAUGCCACCACAGGGAACCUCGUAGAAGACCAUCGGCAGAAGCAGAAAGAUAUCUCUCUUCUCUUCCAGUCACUGGAGAAGUUGGAAAAGGAGAAAGCAGACAAGGAGCAUCUGGAGACAGAAAUUGACGUGAAAGCAGACAAGAUCGCCCUAGCUGGCAAGGUCAGCCGCACCCAGUUUGAUGCCACCACGGAGCAGCUGAAUAAGAUGAUGCAGGAUCUGGUGAACAAGAUGAGUGGGCAGGAGCAGGACUGGCACAAAGUGCUCGACAAAAUCUUGGUGGAGAUGGACUCCAAGCUGGACCGCCUGGAAUUAGAUCCCUUCAGACAGCAGCUGGAAGAGCGUUGGAAGGCCAUCCGGAAACAGCUGAAGGAGAGCUCUCCGCAGUACGAAGCGGACGAUGCUGCUGGAAUUAGGAAAAGACUGAUGGCUCAUUUCCACUGCAUUUCCUGCGACAGGCCUCUGGAAAUGGUGGUGCCCGGCCCGACCAUCAUGACCGUCCCCUCCGUGCCGGGGUUACCAUCCCACCGCUCCAUCCGGCCCUACACCGUUUACGAACUGGAGCAAGUCAGGCAGCACACCCGCAGUCUGAAGUUAGGGCUUAGGCCCUUCCCUCGCUUGGAUGCGCUCCAGCUGGAGAAGAGCGCGGGCCUUGGCAAGCUGCGCAGCAUCCACUCCAAGAUGCUCAUGGACAUAGAGAAGGUGCAGAUCCACUUUGGGGGCUCGGCGAAGGCCAGCAGUCAGAUGAUCAGGGAGAUAAUGCAGUCGCAGUGUCUCAGCCCAAGCCAGUAUAACAAACGUGACAAGAUGGCAGAGAUGGCGGAAUACGGUUACCUGUCCAUGCCUCGGCGCUGCGGCGGCAGCCACACCCUCACCUACCCCUACAGGCGCUACACACGGCUGCAGCAAAUCGCCCAAUGUAUGCCGGUGCAUCCCGAGGAGACUGCCAUGCUGACAGUGAUGAAGCAUGAAGAGGUGGAUAUCCUGGGCCUGGAUGGACACAUCUACAAAGGGCGGAUGGACACUCGGCUCCCAUCAAUUUCAGCCAAGGAUGGUCCUUUGAAGUCCAAACCCAAGCUCUCCCGGUCUUCAUCACAACGGCAGCCGACCCUGAUGGACACAGCUGGCCUCCCGGCACGCCCGCACAGCGCCAAACUGUCUUCCCCCAGCAAUUCAGGUACAGCUAGGUCGCUAAAGGACAGGCCCGUGUCAUCGGAGGGUCGACUGUCCCGGGUGGACCUGACCCAUCUAUCAACUUCAACACCUCCCCCUGAGGAGGGAAGAGAGGAUUCUCCCACGCAGGAGAAAGAAACCCUAGAGCUUCAGCUGGACCUUUCCAUGCGCCGGCGAUCGGCUGAGCAGCCGGCUCCGUUACAGUGACUGCGAUGGCAGGAAAGCAGCGCUCGCUGACGGAAGCCAGGCAAUAAAGAGUGAGCAGAACAGAGAGAAGGCUGUGUACAUGCGUCGCGGUGAUAGGAACAGGGAGCUUUUUGUGCGGUGCUUGCGGCAAACAGGACCCAGGGCGGUUCCACGCAGCAGCAGUGGUAGAAGGCGGAGGUGGGCAGCACGGUCAGUCGUGAAAACAAUUCGUCCCUGGCCUUUGCAAAUCCUCCCCUCACUGCUGCUAGCUUUGCCCGAGUAGAUUUUGCAAAUACCAGAUCUUCUGCGUAAGCCAGUUUGACACCGGCUCAUUUCAACCCCGGGGAUCUUGCACUGUCCUUUGUCUCACAGAGCCCGACGCACCUCAUGUGCACAAAGGGGAGUCUUUGAAACCAGACUAUUGGUGACUUGUUUGAGUGAAAAGCACCAGAGCAGAAUGCAGCCCAAAGUUCUCCCCCCACGUAGGGAGACCAGAUGUCCAGAUUUUAUAGGGACAGUCCCGAUUUUUGGGUCUUUUUCUUAUAUAGGUUCCUAUUACCCCCAUCCCGUCCCAGUUUUUCACACUUGCUGUCUGGUCACCCUACCCCCACGGCCCACCUACUGUCCUCCUCGGUGGAGAACUGUGGCUCACUAUGGGGCCCUAAGUAGCUACUUGGAAUGCUGCAUGCUGGGAGCUGUAGUCUUCAUAGGCUGAACCUUAGUACCGAAGAGGAGGGUAGGCUACAGUCUGCUCUAUUCUGUGCACCUUGGCGGUGGCCCUUGGGAAGCCCCCUAGCAAACGACUAGUGCUGCCCUCAUGUGAGCAAAGCCUGAGAUCCAUGACAAGUAAGGACUGGUCCCUCUAGACGUCAAAUCAGGAUUUGUGGGGCAGGCGGGGGGGGAUUGAGCACCAGGGUAGCUGCCUCCCCUCUCCCAACCCCUUCACACAGUGCUUGAUCCAGCAUGGGCUUCUUGCAGCUGUGCUCAGACUGGAGUUGGCAAGAGAGGCUUAAUCAGAGUGAUCAUUUCUAAGCAAGGGGCUACACACUUUUGGUGACUGCUGUCUUUCCUACAGCAGGGCAGUGCCCGUGCUCCAGGAGUCAUGAGAAAAGAAUGUGUUGUUCUGUCGUUUCCUCAUCCGGUGCACACACAGGCCUCUCUGAUCAGAACUGCUCUUUCCUCCGUGCAGGUCUUUGCUUCCCUGAACGCCUGGGCCUCAGAUUGGGGAUCAGGCAAAGGGUGCCAGCCCCAGCUAAUAUUAUCUAAACUUCCCAGCCCUUUGUUUUCUUUUGUCGGUGAGGAGGAAGGGCUUUGAGAGGGAGGGAGGGAGGUGAUAGUGCUGAGUGAUUUGCAGAGGACAGGUGGCCUGUAGAUAAGGCACAAGACUGAAUGUCAAAGCCAGGUUCGAUUCUUAGCUCUGCCACUGACUCACUGUGUGACCUUGGGUGGACUCCUCCGCUCCUGUAUGCCUUCAUUUCCACCGUCUGUAAAAGUCCCUGUUGUGAGGCCUUGCAUAAAGCACCUUGAGAUCCCUGGAUCUGUGGAGCUGUACAAAUGCAAGGGAAUGCUAUGAAGGGUUACAAAUGAUUCCAAAGCUGGGGAGACAGAUGUCUAGAAAACCGACUGGAAAACCCCACCCUAUAAUCCUCCUGGCUUGCAUCUAAGUUCUUGCAUUAUUAUCCCCAUUCCUUGAUUCAGUCUCAUGCACUUUGUGCCUGCUGCAUUUAACCUAGCUGCAUGCUUUUCAUUUUCAUCCUCUCCAUGGCUCUGGUGCCGGUUUGAUCAUCAUUUGGAGCUAGCAUUGAGAGAGAGUGAGAGAGAAAGAGAGGACUGUUGUUCUUGCCUUAGAGUGCUGGAGGUGCUUUGGACGGCCCUAGCACAAGAAGACAAACCAAAGCCCAGACUGCAGGCGGCAGGUAGCAUUUCGUAGUCAAGGAAGGGCUGAGCAGUAAAGACACUAUGAUGCAGCUUGAUUUCAAUUCUCUGCUCACUCACACCUUUGUGUAUCCAGCAGGUUUCAGUAGGCUGUGUUGAGAGAACUAAGUGUCAGUGUAACCAAUACUAGACAGAUCACUUGGCACAAUUAUUGUGUAAGUCCUCCUAACUGGGUUAGUAAUUACAUAGGGUUUACUUGAUUAAUGCCCCGUAGCUACUUCCUUGCAUGCUCCCAACAUUGUUUUGUCAUUACACUUGGCCAAUGGCAUCUGUGACUUGAUGCAGGUAUCAGAAAUCAUCACACGCUUGCUAUGUAACGUGACCCAUUGCCUGCCACCAACCUUGCAAAUAACCAAGACGCUCUCCCAGUAAAUACAUGGCACAGGCUGUAAUGCCACUUGCCCUGUUACUAAAUGUCCAUCCCCUGGCACUUGUCUUAUAAACAUCCCGCCACUACCUGUUCUGUCAUAGUUGUUAACCUGUAAAUAUCCUGCCUCUGCAGUGUUUGCCCCUGUGCUGAGGGUGGAGGAGGGACAGUUGGGGACCGUUGUCCCUGCAUUCUGAAAGCUCCUGCCAGUGCACAACGAAAGCAACAGGGUUUCUGUGAGGAGAAAACUUGAAUGAAGUUUAUGGUAUGGGCCGGCUCCGGCUCCCAUUAGAGUCAAUGGCAAAACUCCCGUUGACUUUGAUGGGAAUCAGGCUGGGUGCUGAAUGAUUUAAUGUGAAGGACGUGACGGUGUGGAGCGGAGACCAGCUUAGAGAGGAGGGACCAGGAGAAGAUUCAUCCCUGUGCAGGGGGCCUGGACACAGCCUCUGCACCUCUUACAGCUAGGUCCCACGAGAGCUCUAUUUUGAGGUGUGUGUGGGACUUAAGUGGUGCCUAGGGCCAGGUCUCUCAUGCCAAGUGGAUUAAACUUGGGCAAGUUUUGGCCCCACAUAUGCGAUAUGUCCACUGCAUGUGAACACCGGAUGUGACAUGCUUGUUGUAGGUCUCCAGUGUGCGACGGUACAGUGUAGACAUGCUGUCUGUUCUGUGUGGUUGAACCCAGAGCCAUGCCAGGGUCGAAUCUGUCCAUAGUUUGCUGAGGUUUUGCCUUUCAUUAAUACCCCAUGGUGGACACCUGCUGUGCAUGCUGGCAGCACAUGGAUGCUGCAUGGCAGCUGGCUACAAGCAUAUGCCAUGCACUGUAGGCAGGUUGCGCAUGUGUGCUGCACUCACAUGCCAUAUACUGCAGGCUGGCCACACAUGUGCUUCAUGGUGGGUGACUACAAAUGCUGCAUGCUGCACUUAUAUGCCAUGGACUGCCCAAGGCCUGCUGGCAGCACCUGUGUGGCUGGCUCUACGCUGGGAACCUGUAGGCCUAGCUGCUGGUUUCCUGCAGUCACAUGGAGACGACAGCAUCCUGCACGGUCCUAAAGUUUAAAAUUAAAUUAACCUUAGAGAAUGAUACACCCCCAGCCCCGUGUUCUCUGUGUAUUCCCCUCCCCCCAAUGCCGAGGGCCAGUAGCAACGGGAUGUGCCACAGGGAAUGUGAAGGAGGAAUUCUUUAUGCCUACUCUGCUCCAGCACCCUGGUGGAUCUCUGGAGAGCAGGGGUCCACCAUCACCAGGGCCAGCUCCAGGCACCAGCUAAGGAAGCAGCUGCUUGGGCUGGCCAAUGCAAAGGGGCGGCACUCCAUCCUCUAUUGGGGCGGCACGUCCAGGUCUUCGG